AUGGCACCUACCCUGGAACUCGCAUUCACACUCCACGUCAAUCUCUCACCAGCUCUCGAAUUCGGAGAUACACCAUGCGGCUCCCGGCGAUUCAUCCCCAUCACCGGCGGGACUGUCGAAGGUCCGAAAUUAACUGCCACAAUUUUGUCCGGGGGCGGAGACUGGAAUGUUCUUCGCGAAGACGGAAUUACGCACCUUUUCGCGAAAUAUACGAUUCAAUCAUCGGACGGUGUCCCAAUCAGUGUCACCAAUGAAGGAUGGAUCCGGAAAUUCCGCAGAACGGAGACGUCAGAAAAAGUGCCGGAGACUGGGUGGUAUGCGAAGACUAAUCCGCGAUUUGAGGUGCAGGAGGGGGUACAUGGGUGGUUAAACAGGACUGUUUUUGUGGGCGAGCUUCGUAAGCCUGAUAUUAAGAAUCAUGUUGUUAUUGAUGUCUACUCAGUUGAAUGA